GCGCGACAGAAAUCCUCCUUCUUCCUCCUCGCAUCCUCCUAUAUAUAACUGCACCUCCCAAUUCCGUCGCCAUCUCUAUUCCUUCCACCCCAAGAUAACUCACCAUCACACACCUGCAGCAGCAUCUCAAACCAGACGACGAACACCACACCUGCGUGGCGCCAAUGGGGCUCUGCAUGUCUAGCUGCGGCGCGGCGGCGGCGGUGCGGUCGGAGGGGCUGCCCGCCGCGUCGACGGCGAUGGUGCUGCUCCCCACGGGGGAGCUGCGCGAGUACCCGCGCGGCACCACCGCGGCGCAGGCGCUCGAGGGGCUCGAGGGCUUCCUCUGCGACGCCGACGCCAUGGGGUUCGAGGGCCCGGCCCCCGCCGUGGGCGCCGGCGAGGAGCUCCGCCCGGGGCAGAUCUACUUCGUGCUCCCCUCCGAGGCCCGCCGCUCCGGGCUCCGGCGCGAGGACGUCGCCGCCCUCGCCGUCAGGGCGUCCGCGGCGCUCGUCGACAGGGCCAACGCCGCCGCCGCGUCGGCUGGCGGCGGCGGCGGGCUGAGGAGGAGGCGUGCCAUGUCCGUGUCGCCGCUCGUGUUCGCGCCGCCGAAAGAGGAGGCGGGCGGGAACCGCGCCGCGUACAAGACCGUGCCGGCGAUGCUGGCCAAGAGGUGCCCCGUGGGGCGCGUGAAGAGCGCCGGGAGGAUGCAACCGCGCUUCUCCCCCGACCUGACCGCCAUUCCCGAGUGCGACACGUACGAGUGAACGUUCAUCGAUCGAUCGUAGGAGAGGGACAACAGAAAACUGAGGACAAAUUCGUUGCAAAUAAUUUCUCGAAUCCGCCGGAAGAGCUCCGAACGUUCUGGAAGAAGAAAAAGGGUGAGCAUCGAAAGGUGGGAAUUGAUGUCGCCAGCCUGGCGCGCCGGGCUGCGUCAGCGGCUGACGAGAUCCGUAUCGGGCGGACGUUGCAGCCUUGGCCCGGAAGGAAUCGUCAUGAAGUCGGUUCUUAUGAGGAUCACGUGUCCAAGGAACAAAAAUUUUGGUCGAGAGUGAGCUGGUGUCCUGAAAUUGAAAAGAUGGGAGAGCUUUUUUGUUUUGUUUUACU